AUGGGUUUAUCCAUGACAACUACAUCAACUCUUUUUUACAUUGCCUUUCUCACCAUUUCAUCAUUUCAUAAUUGCUUUUGCGAUGGAAGCUCCAAUAUUGUUUGCCUUGAAACUGAGAGGCAAGCCCUACUAAAUUUCAAGCAUGAUCUUAAAGAUCUUUCAAACCGAUUGUCCUCUUGGACUGGUCAGGAAUGCUGUCAAUGGGCUGGUGUUGUCUGUGACAACUCAACUGGCCAUGUCCAUGAGAUCCACCUUCGUAAUCCUUAUGGUAAUUAUGGAACUCGAGGAAUCGAAGGUUUUGCAGAAUUUCUAGAAAAUGCAAUUCUGGUGACCAAAGGAAGAAUUUUUGAAUAUAGCACCAUUCUUCAAUUGGUGACAAGCAUGGAUCUUUCGAAAAAUAAUUUAUCUGGAGAGAUCCCCGAGGGACUAACUACACUUGUGGAGCUACGAUCAUUGAAUUUGUCUGGAAAUCAUUUAACAGGAAGGAUUCCAGAGCAUAUUGGUGAUAUGGGGCUACUAGAUCCGUCAAGGAAUGCUUUCGAGUCUAACUUUCCAAAUUGGUUGUAUAGUUUUAGUCAUCUUGAGUCCCUCAAUCUUGGGGGCAACCUCUUGCAAGGGGUAAUCUCAAAUGCCAUAGGAAACCUAACUUCCCUGUUUAGUCUAGACUUGUCAUUUAAUCGACUUGAGGGGAGAAUACCAAGGUCAUUGGGAAACCUUUGCAAAUUGAAGCAAAUUGCUUUAUCACGUAACAAUUUUGACGGAGAGAUGAGCUUGGCCAAUUCAAAAAUUAUCUUCAUUUCCGGUCCCAUUCCAAUGUCAAUAGGAAGAUUGUCAUCCUUGAUAACUUUAGAUCUUUCUAAUAAUCAGUUGAAUGGAACUCCUCCACAAAGUCUUGGGCAACUUGCAAAGUUGGAAAGGUUGUAUAUAUCGUAUAAUUUGUUGAAGGGUGUUGUGUAUGACAUUCACUUUGCCAAUCUCACAAGACUGUAUAUCCUAGAUGCAUCUGGGAACAGUUUAACCUUUAAGGCAAGUGAUAGAUGGAUUCCCCCUUUUCAAAUUGAAGUUUUGAGGCUGAGCUCAUGGCAAUUAGGACCACAAUUUCCGCUAUGGCUUCAAUCCCAAGGAAAGUUACAUGAGCUGGCCAUAGCAAGGACAGGAAUUUCAGAUUCCAUGCCGACCUGGUUUUGGAGCAAACCUUCCGCAUUUGUAUAUUUGAAUCUUUCCAAUAACCAAAUUCAGGGAGAGAUUCCAAGAAAACUUAAUGCUCGCUGCACAAUUGAUUUGAGUUCCAACAACUUUAGUGGUCAAUUACCACUCAUCCCCUUUAAUGUGGGUUUGAUAGAUCUUUCAAAAAAUUCUUUUUCAGGAUCUAUUUACCACAUGUUGUGUGGUACGAUGGAUGAACCAAACACAAUACUGAGAUUUCUUAAUCUGGGAGACAAUUUUUUGUCAGGAAGGAUUCCUGAUUGUUGGAAGAAUUGGCCAUCGCUGUCAUUGCACCUGAGGAAUAACAAACUCUCAGGAGAAUUGCCUCAAUCUUUACAGCAAUGUAAAAAAUUGCUAAUCAUUGAUCUGUCUAAAAAUGAAUUUAUUGGAAACAUACCAACUUGGUUAGGGAAUUCAUUUUCGGAAUUGAUAGUUCUCAAUGUCCGAUCAAAUAAGUUCCAAGGUGACAUUCCACAUGAACUAUGUUGUCUAAGUUCUCUUCAAAUCUUGGACCUUGCACAUAAUAAUCUCUCAGGACCCGUGCCAAGAUGUUUCAACAAUUUUAGUGCCAUGGCAAAAAAACAAAACUCAAGUGGUGACAUAUCGUACAUCGAAGGUUUUGCAGAAUUUCUAGAAAAUGCAAUUCUGGUGACCAAAGGAAGAAUUUUUGAAUAUAGCACCAUUCUUCAAUUGGUGACAAGCAUGGAUCUUUCGAAAAAUAUUUUAUCUGGAGAGAUCCCCGAGGGACUAACUACACUUGUGGAGCUACGAUCAUUGAAUUUGUCUGGAAAUCAUUUAACAGGAAGGAUUCCAGAGCAUAUUGGUGAUAUGGGGCUGCUAGAAUCCCUUGAUUUUUCUCUAAACCAACUUUGGGGUGAAAUUCCUUCGAGCAUGUCGAGUUUGACAUUCCUGAGUCACUUGAACUUGUCCUAUAACAAUUUGAUUGGACGAAUUCCAUUAAGUACUCAGCUUCAAAGCUUAGACAAUUCUAGCUUUGUUGGAAACAACCUUUGUGGACCUCCACUUGCAAACUGCGAUUCAAACAUGAUCAAACCGAAAGUUGGACAUUCUGGCAAUGAAGAAGAGGAGGAAUUUCCAAAAGUGUGGUUCUUCGCAAUCUUAGCACUGGGAUUUGUUGUUGGUUUUUGGGCUGUGUUGGGUCCUUUACUAUUCAAGAUGUCAUGGAGAAUUGCUUACUUUCAAUUUCUAGAUGGUAUUGGCAUGUGA